GCCAUUUACAUACAUGCCAGCAGUCAAUUCGUCUCACCGUCCACUCCGCUCUAGGUCUUCUCUUUCUUCGACGUCUCUGCGGCAUCAUAGCGCGAGAAGAACCCGCAAGAACAGAAGAGGAAGGGAAGGGAAGGGAAGGUUUGCAGCCAACCGACAUCAAUGGCGGGGAACGUAGCUCCUCUCCCAACGACGGUCCCUCCACCGCAGAGCGCCACUGCCGUCGCUGCUUCGCCGGCGGCCCGCGCCUUCUUCGCCCGCCUCUACGACGGGGCCAGGGAUGGCCUCUCGCAGCGCCGGCCAUGGGCAGAGCUUGCCGAUCGCAACCAGCUCGCGAAGCCUGAGUCCUUUGCGGAGGCAACUGGCCGGAUCCGAAAGAAUUGGACCUACUUCCGCGUCAACUACGUCAUCCUCCUCGCCGCGGUGCUUGCCAUCUCCCUCGUGGCCCAUCCGGGUUCCCUUAUCAUCCUUGCCAUGCUCCUCUCCGGCUGGAUCUUCCUCUAUCUUUUCCGCUCUGAGCCGCUUGUCCUCUUUGGCCGCACAUAUACCGAUCGCGAGGUCCUCGGUGGCAUGACUCUCUUCACCGUCAUCGUCCUUUUCCUCACCUCCGUCGGAUCCCUCCUCAUCUCCGCCCUCAUGUUUGGGGUCGCCAUCAUCUGCGCCCACGCUAGCUUCAGGGUCCCGGAGGAUCUGUUCCUUGACGAACAGGAACCGACCGUGGGGUUCCUUUCCUUCCUUGGGGCUCCGGCAUCCGUUGUCGCCACACAAGCCUGAUACACCCGAAGGUUCAUUCGGGCACAACAUAAGAAAAGGGCUAUAAGAUAUAGAAUUAGAAUCAUAAAUGUGGUUCGCAUAUCAAAUUUUUUUGCUGUAGUUUGUCAUAUUAUUAUAAUCGUUGCUGCUUGUUUCAUCUGUUUCUGUGUGCCUUUAGGUGGAUAUUUCCGUUCUGUUGACGGAUCAGAUUAAUUCAUAUUUUGAGAAUUCUCCCUUGUGAAUCUAAUAAAAUUCAGAUCUGUGUUUGCUGUGAA